CCACGCAUCUGAUAUGUACAUACAUCAAUUAGAAGAUUUAUUGAGUCAUUCCUGCCCGAAGAAAAUUGCCGCAUUCUUUGCCGAACCCAUUCAGGGUGCAGGAGGAAUUAAUCAGUUUCCAAAAGAUUUCCUGAAAGGUGCUUAUAAAGCAGUGAGAGCAAAAGGAGGUUUAUGCAUUGCUGAUGAGGUUCAGACAGGAUUUGGAAGACUUGGAAGUGAAUAUUGGGGAUUUGAAACUCACAAUGUAAUGCCAGAUAUUGUAACCAUGGCAAAAGGAAUUGGCAAUGGUUUCCCUAUGGCAGCUGUGGUCACAAGAAAAGAAAUUGCAAUGAGUUUGACUGAAGCUCUACAUUUCAAUACGUUUGGUGGUAAUCCACUAGCCUGUUCUGUGGGCUCUGAAGUUAUUGAUGUGAGUAUACAGUCCAAUGUUUGUCAACCACCACGAGAACCUUCAAAUUUUAGGCUCUUUGCAACUGGCAUGCUAUAA